AGAGGAGGAGGAGGAGGAGGAGGAGGAGGAUCAGCUCUGCUUGCAGUCAGGAGGAUGCUGCGCUGACAUGCGGACCGUCGGCACGCUCUGAACCGGCUCCAGUACCACCUCACUGCAGACCAGCAGCCAGACCCGACUCUGUGCAGCUUCUACACUACCAUACAUCCACCUCCACCUUCUCUUCCACCGCCUCCACCUCCUCCCUCUAACCGGCUUGUGUCGCCAUGGUACCCGGACUCCGCGUCACCUUGUCCGCGGUGCUGUGGAUCGGGCUGCUGUGGAGCCGCGUCUCAGCUGGAGAUAAAGAAGUCCCCACCGCCACCGCCGCCCCCUCCACCCUGCCACCAGUGGCGACACCAGCGAGCACAAAGGAGAGCAGCCCCAAAGCCAAAAGCUCCAGCUCGUUGGCAGGAGGUCUGCUCCAGUCAGUGCUGACACAAAAAGGACGACUGGUCUCCCAGAAAGGGGAGAUCCUCCCCUCGGCUCUGCCCCAGAACCUGCUCCCUCUUCUGGGCCGAGGGCUCAGCGUCAGCUCCCUCCCUGGAAGUCGUUCCCUGGAGCAUCAAAGCAGGGGAUUACUGAGGAGGGUAAAAGCCCCGGCAUCAGCUGCAGCGUCAGGCCGAGGCAGCUCUCCAACUGAGCCUCUUCCCACAGACACACACUCCCAGCCGCCUCACACACUCACACACACUCCUGAGCAGGAGGAGGUCACCACAGUGGGCACAAUGCUGGACGUGGACACAGAGACAGAGACAGAGACAGAGACAGAGACACCUUCAUCAGCAGCAGCAUUGUCCAGCUGCAUGGUGAAUUUCUCCGACCCGGAGGGAUACAUCGACUCGUCUGAUGACCCGCCGCUGCCCGACGGCACCUUCUUACACUGCACCUACACGGUGACGGUGUACACUGGCUACGGCGUGGAGCUGCAGGUGAAGAGCGUGAACCUGUCGGAGGGCGAGCAGCUGUCCAUCAGGAGUGCAGAUGAGCGAGGCGCCCUGCUGGUCCUGGCCAAUCACACGCUGCUGGUCGAAGGUCAAGUGAUCCGCAGCCCCACCAACACGCUGUCCGUCUACUACCGCUCUGCGCCGGACGCCAGCAUGGGCCUCUUCCAGCUGCACUAUCAGAUCUUCAGGCUCAGCUGUCAGCUACCCAAGAGGCCUCACUUCGGGGAGGUGUCGGUGCUGGACCUGCUGCCCGGAGGCACCGCCCGCUUCCACUGCCACAUGGGUUACCACCUGGAGGGCGAGACGCUGCUCACCUGCCUCAACGCCUCGAUGCCCGUGUGGAGCGGCAAGGUGCCCGUCUGCAGGGCUCUUUGUGGAGGCACGGUGAAGAAUGCCACAGUUGGGCGGGUGCUGUCCCCGUCCCCCCACCACGGCCCGAACGCCACCCAGGACCGCUCCUGUUCCUGGUCCCUGGAGGCCCCCAAGGACCAAAGGCUGCACCUCCACCUGGAGCGACUGGCCCUGGGAGCCACUGACAGGCUGGUGUUGUGGAGCGGGCUGGACGCCGGCUCCGUGGUGCUGUUCGACUCGGGGAGGGGAGGACAGAUCCCUUUUGAGGGAGUGAUCAGUGAAGGUCCAGCUGUGAGGAUCCAGUUCAUCACCGACCAGCCCAACCACAACACGGGAUUCAACAUCCGCUUCGAAGCGUUCGAGCGAGGCCACUGCUACGAGCCGUACCUCCAGAACGGGAACUUCACCACCUCUGACCCGCUGUACGGCGUCGGAGCGGUGAUCCAAUUCACGUGUGACCUGGGUCACGCUCUGGAACAAGGCCCGCCUGUCAUCGAGUGCAUCAGUGCGAGGGAUCCGUACUGGAACGACACAGAGCCGCUGUGCAAAGCACAGUGUGGAGGCGACCUGACGGGUCCUGGUGGGGUGAUCCUGUCUCCAAACUGGCCGGAGUGGUACGGAGAGGGAGAGGACUGCAGCUGGAGGAUCCAUGUCGGCGAGGACAAACGGGUGCUGCUGGAUGUACAACUGCUGAACAUCAGCGACAGCGACAUGUUGACCAUCACCGACGGCGAUGAGGUCACCACUCGCAUCCUGGGGCGCUACGUCGGAGGAAGCAGCCCCUUCAAGCUGUCCUCCACCACCCCCGACCUGACCGUCACCUUCCACUCCGAUCCGGCCGGGCUCGUCUUCGGCAAAGGAGAGGGCUUCAUCAUCAACUAUAUGGAGGUGUCCCGAAACGACUCCUGUCCAGACCUGCCGGAGAUCCAGAACGGCUGGAAGACCACGUCCCACAUUGCGCUGGUGCGAGGGGCUCGUAUCACCUACCAGUGCGACCCUGGCUAUGACCUGGUGGGACGGGAGACCCUCACCUGUCAGUUAGACCUCUCCUGGAGCUCGCAGCCUCCCUUCUGUGAAAAGAUCAUGUACUGCUCAGAUCCCGGCCACGUGGAGCACUCCACCAGGUCUCUGUCCGACCCCAAACUCCUGGUGGGGACGACCAUUCAGUACAGCUGCAACCCUGGCUUCAUCCUGCAGGGCGGCGCCACCAUCACCUGCUACGGCCGCGAGCCGGGGACGCCCGUCUGGACGUCUCGACUCCCUCACUGUGUUUCUGAGGAUUCUGUUUCCUGUGAGAACCCCGGCCUCCCCGACAACGGCUACCAGAUCCUGUCCAAGAGGCUCUACCUGCCCAGCGAGUCGCUCACCUUCGUCUGUUACCAAGGUUACGAGCUCAUCGGAGAGGUCGCGAUUAAAUGCAUCCUGGGGAACCCGUCGUUCUGGAGCGGCCCACUUCCUCUCUGCAGGGCCAACCAUGACUGCUUUGGCAACCAUGCUUUGGAAGGCUCUGUCUUCCAUAGCUGUGGGCUGAAAAGACCAAAGAAUAAAAAGCUCUUCACGUCUCUGUCUGCUCUGCAAACAUCUGCCUGCACAGUUCAUUCCCAUUUUGCAGAGGCGACGGCGGGCUCCACACUGGACGGAGGGAACAUAGCGCUCGCCAUCUUCAUCCUUGUUCUCCUGCUAUCGGUGCUGCUCGGAGGGGCGUAUGUCUACGUCACACGGUGCCGAUAUCACUCCAACUUGAGGCUUCCUCUGAUCUACCCCCACCCGUACCGACAGAUCACCGUGGAGACGGAGUUUGACAACCCGCUCUAUGAGACCGGAGGGGACACUCGUGAAUAUGAAGUAUCGAUAUGAGAAGACGUUUCUGAACCGAGACCGCCCCGCCCCGUCCUAACUCUUCAUCCCCUCCUCCCUCCUUCUCCGCCCAGGAGGAGGCGAUGUAAAUACAAAUAGAUGAUGUCCAGCCCCUUCUGCCACGAGACGCAGCCAUCGAUCCUGUUCUCUCCUCCUUUCGGCGCGACGGCUUCUGAUGACGAGAGGAAGCGGGAAGCGGGAGAGGGAGAUAAGACAGUCGGUGUUGAAGCUGUGUGGAUCGGUGUCGUCGGGAGACGAUGGGAGACGAUGGGAGAUGGAGGACGGAGGGAAAAACACCCAAAGAUCAUGGAACAUGGUGAGAAAGGAGGAGAUAGAAGUUAAGGAGGGGAGAAGGGGAAGGAUUCGGGGACAGGACACAGCGCGAGGAACGAGACCAAUGAAGCACUUCGGAGUAUUUUUGUCAAAUGUAAGAAACGUAGUGAAAGAAUCCUGGAAAGAGAGAGAGUUGAAGUUAUAAUCCUUAACGUUUUCAUGAAUCAAACACUUUUCAUACUAUUUAUGGUCACAUGUUGUUCUGCAGAAGCCACUCAAAGUAUUUAUACCCAGUAAUUAUCUGUCUGUAUAUAUAUAUAGUAGUUUUCAUCAACAUAUCCUCAUACAGCGGUUCGUAUGAUUUCGUUAGUAUGAAAAGUUAUUCUUCAUUUUUUGGCCGUUUUCCUUCGAAUGUCCAGAAACACGUUACGCACAUUCACAGGAAACUACUUAGUUAGGUUUUUGUGGUUUGUUUUUUAGCUGUCACCAUCUUGGUUUUUGGCAGUUGCAAUCUUGUUUUUGGCCAACGCCGUCUUGUUCUUUGGCCGUUGCAAUCUUGUUUUUUGGCCGUCACAAUCUUGGUUUUUGGCCGUUGCAAUCUUGUUUUUUGGCCAUUGCCAUCUCGUUCUUUGGCCGUUGAAAUCUUGUUCUUUGGCCGUCACAAUCUUGUUUUUUGGCCGUCACAAUCUUGGUUUUUGGCCGUUGCAAUCUUGUUUUUUGGCCGUUGCCAUCUCGUUCUUUGGCCGUUGCAAUCUU